UUCACGUCGCAAAAGUUACUUCAUUUUCCCACUUAAUCGCCGAUUCCACCAUGCAUUUUCCCUCCCUUUCUCAGCAACGAAACAGGACCUGAGUCAACCUGGAGAACUCUUCUCUGACAUGAACUGCUUGUCGCAACUGUCAUCGUACACUGCUGCCAUUGUCGGAAGCACCUCUCGAUUCAUCGCGAACCGUUCACUUCAUCGAUGCUCGUUCCCGAUAAUAUCAGAGCAUCGUGCCAUUAGGUCUUUCCAAUCAGAAUUCGUGCUCGCUACACGCUGCUAUUCCACAAAAAAGGGACGUAGCAAAAGUGGUUCUUCUCGGUUGCAGAAGGUGGAGCCUGAACCGGUUAUGGAGAAGGACGCUUUCUAUGUGGUGCGAAAAGGGGACGUUGUCGGAAUCUAUAGUAGUCUGAGUGAUUCUCAAGCUCAAGUUGGAUCUUCUGUAUGUGAUCCUCCUGUUAGUGUAUACAAGGGAUAUUCAUUGUCAAAGGACACUGAGGACUAUCUUGUCUCGCACGGACUGAAGAAUGCUUUAUACACAAUUAGAGCUGCUGAUUUGAAAGAGGAUCUGUUUGGCAUGCUUGUUCCUUGCCCUUUCCUGGAUCCUUUUUCUACCGAAGAGGGCACAUCAAAGAACGAUGUAUCUAAAAAGAGGUCUGCGGGAGUGCUUGCACAAGAUAAUGUGGAAGCAAGUAUUCUGACAUCCCUCUCUGAAGAUCCCUUGAGAAAGCUAGUGAAGUUAGAUCAUGGUGCUGUGGCCAAAGCACCUUCAUCACAUGAAACUCGGACUUGUAUUCUUGAGUUUGAUGGUGCAUCAAAAGGAAAUCCUGGAAAAGCUGGUGCCGGGGCUAUUCUGCGAGCUAAUGAUGGAAGUUUGGUUUGUAGGUUGCGUGAAGGUGUGGGUGUAGCAACAAACAAUGCUGCAGAAUAUCGUGCAAUGAUAUUGGGAAUGAAAUAUGCUCUUAAAAAGGGGUUUACUGGUAUUCAUAUCCAAGGUGAUUCCAAACUUGUUUGCAUGCAGGUUGGCCGAUUUAUAUUCUUGUCUCUGUUAAUUUAUUCUAACAUGAUUAAAUGCUUAAAAAAAUCUCCAGUUAUCUGCCCCUCUGCUUAUACUUUAUAUUUGUUAUGUCUUCAGAUUUUGCACCAAAGUGUUUUUUUAAGACUCUUUGCAUUGAACAUAUUCUUGAAUAUAUGUAAAAUAAAACUGGUCUUGUAAUAAACUUAAUUCAUUGGAACUUUGCCUCCUUGCCAAUUGCCUAGCAGCAUUUGAUGUCUGGUUUAAUUCCCAUUGAGUCUCAGCACUCAGUCUGAGCUACCUCUUUCCAUCCCGUCACCAGUUUCUAGGACCUCCUUUGUGUAAAAGGAAAAUUUGCACGUCUCAGCAAUUAACUCUGCCUGCACUGUCAAGUCAUGCUUGUCUUAUAGCCUUUAAAAUUUAAAGGCCUUGUAAACUUGGUAUGCUUGUGUCUUAAGUUCUUAACAAAUUGUAGGACAUGAAUGCAUGAUGCAUUGCCAGAUUGUUAAAGAGAGAAUUGAAUAGGGAAAAGAAACAGCAUAUAGUAACACCAAAUCUUUGAUUGUCCAUAUUCGGAAGUUGACUGUCUAUUCUACACUACUGAGGGACCUAUCAUAUGCAUUUUCAUUGAGACAAAAGUUGGUAAUUUUAUUGCAGUGAUCAAAAUCUAAGGUUCCUCACUCUUCUUAACACUCACUAAACAAGAAAAUUAAGGUAGAACACUGCAGAACUUUGAUAGACUGCUUCCUCACUGCCCUAAGACCCAAUUCCCUGCUGAAUAACUUCCACUUCCCUUACUCUGCACUCGUCAUUUUCCCCCCUCUCAAACCUGUCUGAAUUCUCCAUCUCACACAUUGGAGGCAGACUGUUAUGCUGCCUGGUCAUUAGGUUGAAUAUUUCCAAUCCUAGCCUAUGUACCCUUGCCCCUCUCUCUCCCCCCCCCCCCCCCCCCACACACACACACAC